GCCAUGAACAUCUUCCCCUCGACAUUCUGAGUAAAGAAAAGUAAAAUUUUUCCACAAUUCACACUUGAAUUUGGUUGACCAAAGAGGAUAUCACACUUUUGGUUUGCUCUCCAUGAGAGCAGCAAUGGAGUGGGUAACUGCUCUGACACUUUUCUUAUCAGUCUUUAAAACUGCACCAGGUUUUAAUGUUGAAUCUAAGAAAUGGAGAUCACUGAGUAUACCUGCUGCAGGUUUUGGCUAUCAGGUGGUGCAGCGGACAUCAGAUGUGCUUGUCAGCGCCCCACUUGAACAAUAUGACACGGAUAAGAGGGGACAAAUAUUUAGAUGCUCAACAGAGAGGUGCGACUGGUUGAUUGAUGCAGAGGAUAAAGUUAAAGUCAACAUGUCCCUCGGUUUAUCAAUGACAACUGAUCCAUCAACUAAAAAGACUAUGGUCUGUGGUCCAACCAUCCCCAGAGACUGCAAAAGUAUCACCAUGUACAAUGGUUUGUGCUUUGAGAUAAAUCCAGAUAACAGCCUCGGACAGUCUUACCCAUCUGCUACUGAAGAGUGUCGAAGCGAAGCUGACAUUGCAUUUCUGCUGGAUGGCUCUGGAAGUGUAGCUCAUGAGGAUUUUAAUAAAAUGAAAGCAUUUGUGAAAAAUUUAAUCAGAGCAUUCCUGGGAAAAGACACACAGUUUGCCAUUACCCAGUUUUCCAGUUAUCCAUUUACGCAUUACCACUUUAACAAUUUUCCAUCACAAAACUGGGAAUCUGAAAUUGACCUAAUCACUCAACAAAGAGGUGGAACACAAACAGCUAGAGCCAUCCGUGAGGUUGUCUUCUGUUUUGUUUUUAGAUCCAGACCAGUUGUGAUGGUGAGGGCCUCUGUUUCAUUCAUUCCACCUCAAAUCCCAACUCAGAACCCAGACUGCUCGAAACCCCUGGCUGGUAGGGCCACUGUCUGCUUCACCAUGAGCAACUUAUCUAAACUGAAGCAAGCUCAAGCAAAGAUUAAUUUCACUCUAACAUUGGAUGCAAACCGUGAAAUACCAAACAACCGAGCCUGGAUCAGUAAGAACCUGAGAGAAAAGGACGAAUCUCUGACUCUUUCUUUAAAUAGGCAAACAUGUCAGGGGGUGGAUUUCUCUAUUGAAUCUUGUCCGGAAGAUGCUCUUUAUCCACUCAAUAACGCGCUUAGAUUCACGUUUGAUGGUUUGACUACUGGCUCUGAACCUCUACCAAGCCUCUCUCCACAGGCUCAAGAUACUUCCUUUCAUUCUAUUGGCUUUGAGAUCAGCUGUGGGCCAGAUUCAAAGUGCGUAGAUGAUUUAAAGGUGGAUUUUAACUUCACCAAAUCCUCAGAGGUUAAAGUGGGCAUAGAUGAACUUUUAAAUGUGACUGUCUUUGUGGAGAACAGAGGAGAAAACUCAUACAACAGCCACGUCAUUCUCACGUACCCAAUCGGACUCUCCUUCCGGAAGUUCGAAACUGUGGAAGGAAGAAUUGAAUGCAACUCUUUGGACAGUGAGGAUGGUGUAACAAGAGGAAAGACGGACUGUAGCAUCAACAAACCUAUAUUCAGAAGCAACUCUGUGGCAAUCUUCAUUGUUUCCUAUGGCCACAACCCAACCAGUGAACUUGAUAGGAAGAUCUAUGUCACAGCGAAUGCCACCAGCGGCAACAAUCAGAGUGCCUCCACCAGCGUACCCUACAUGAAGAAAGAGAUUGAUGUGAAGUACAGUAUUUAUAUUACAACUGAAAGCUCCCUCAGCUACAACAACUUCACAUAUGGAGAGAAUGACUUACAGAAACCUCUUCAGCAAAAAUUAAAGGUUACAAACGUUAUCAGAGCACUAAACUUUACUAUAGUGAUCAUGGUUCCAGUAAAGCUUGGUGACAAAGAAAUCUGGGCGGACACAAGUAGUCUUAAGGUUGAUGGCUGUAAGAAAGGAGAGGUUGUAAACCCAUCUGUCACAGAUUUUAUUCCUCAGAUAAAAGAAAAUAAAAGCCUGGAUUGCUCUGUAGCGAGUUGCCAAGUGUUCAGGUGCUCUAAGUUUAUGGAAAAGAACAGAGAAGAAACAUACACCAUCUCUGGAAACAUCAGCUCUCGAUGGAUAGCACAGAUUGGACUUUUAUCUGCCAAAUUCCUCUUGACCAGCACAGCCAAUCUAGAAUAUGACAAGAGCCAGUUCAUCUUCUUCUCUACAACCUCUAAUAAUGACCCUCCUGUUCACAAGAUUGUGGCUGAAGUAGAAGUGUUUCAGAAACCAGAUUUUACUAAAGAGAUUAUAGGAGGAUCUCUGGGCGGGUUGGCCUUUCUGCUCCUACUUACUGCUGGUCUAUAUAAGGCUGGAUUUUUUAAGAGCAAAUACAACCAGAUGAUUAACGAUAACGGGGAGGGAGACGCAGGAGCUGGAGGAGACCCACCAACAGAGGGAUGAAAUUCCACCUUAUUUCUACCUCAUAGACGUCAGCCUUUAUGUCCACCUAAUACAUUUAUAACAAUCGUUGUUUCUAUGAAAUGUAUCUGAUGUCCAUUUUCAUUUUGUGAAUGCACCAAACACAAUGUGUAUUUCUCCAACCAUUCCCUGUGGUUGUUUGCUAAACAGAAGUGUAGACAACAAAGCAUACGUUUCUCUGUAUAUUAGGAAAGUGUUGAUGAUGCACUCAUUUUUUAUGAACUUUAAUUGAGGAAGCUCAAGAGAGCCAUGCUGCUUUAAAUCUGGAUAUUUAAAUGCACAUUUUAUGGGACUGUAAGGGUAAUGGGCCAUGAUGUAAGUUGGAAAGGAUUUAAAUGCAAAGAAAAUCUAUAAAUGCCAUGUAAUGUUUUAAAAUGGGAUCUUAAAUUUAAUGUUUCAUGUUUGUUUUGCACUUUGAGAAGUGAAUAUUUUCUGUAUUUUAAGUCUUUGAAUGAUGUGCUUUCAUUGGACCAGGUGAUUUAAUGCUGGACAUACAAAUAAAGUGAAUGACGCUGGUCAUUUUGAAACAAUACAUGCUUGAAGAUAGAUGAAAAAAAACUAUGUGCUUGAUAAAAGGAUGUAAAAUGC